UAUUCUUUCGUUGUGAGUAGAAAGUGUUCCAUUCAAUUUGAUCAACUGAAAAGAAAAUUAAGUUCGCUGAUAAUCGAGAAAAAAAGCUUAGCUAGUUGGCGUUUAAACGGCUUUUAUCUUGAAAAAAAAACGAAAAAAUUUUUGUUUCAAUUUGAUUUUUUGCUUUGUUUUCCAUUUAAUUGUAUUAAUUUUUGUUUAAUUGUCUUUUAUUUGGUUAAUUGGAUUAUACCAGCUUAUCACCUCACCUUUAGAGGUUACUGAUUUGAAAUAUCACAGAGUGACACUUGUUAUCUUAGAUUUGUUUUUGUGAACAAUCAUGUCAUCAACCAAUGAAGAUGUUUCUUCCGAUAAUGGGCCACAACUGAAAAAGUUGAAGACAAGCGGCGAUAUUGAAGAAAAGGUGGAGGAUGCCGGUUCUUUAAAGAAUAAUGUUAGUAAGGAGAGUAAAAAUUGUGGUAAUGGUUCUUCUGGUAGUGUUGGUGAUGGUGAACAAGGUUCAUUAGUUUAUGUUAUCAGUGGUGAUGAAUCGGGUUCUAAGGAAAGAGAAUACGAUCCAGAGACACAAAAAGCUCUUGAAGAGAUAGAUGCGUGUCAAAAUGAGAUUGACUCUUUGAAUGAAAAGGCAUCUGAGGAGAUACUUAAAGUUGAACAAAAAUAUAACAAACUGAGGAAACCUUAUUUUGAGAAGCGAAGUGAUCUCAUCCAAAAGAUUCCUAAUUUUUGGGUAACUGCAUUUGUUAAUCAUCCUACAUUAACCACCAUUCUGGAAGAAGAAGAGGAAGAAUGUCUCAAUUAUUUGAACAAGUUAGAGGUUGAAGAGUUUGAAGACAUUAAAUCUGGAUACCGGAUAAUAUUUCGCUUUGACAAUAAUCCUUAUUUUGCAAAUGAAUUACUUGUCAAAGAGUUUCAUCUUGGUUCCUCUGGUGAUCCCGCUUCAUCAUCCACACCAAUUAAUUGGAAAAAUACUGAAGCAGCCGUAAAACUUGAAGAUCAAACCAUGAAUAGGUUAAGUAGUGCAAACAUUAGGAAAAGAAAACGAUCAGGUGGAAGACAAACCUUUUUCACCUGGUACCUUCAAAAUGGUGAUGCAUCCGCUGAUGAUAUUGCUGAGGUGAUCAAAGAUGACAUGUGGCCUAAUCCAUUACAGUAUUUCCUUGUACCUGAUAUGGAAGUUGAAAAUGGCAUGGAAGAGGGAGACCAUGAUGAUGAAGAAUCCGAAGCCGAAGAAGAGGCAGAUGAAUCAGUGGUAGUUCUUGAUGAUGAGGAAGAGGGUGAAGAAGGAGAAGAGGAAGAUGAAGCUGAAGAAGAAGUGGAAGAUGAAGGUGAAGAUUCAGCGGCGGAAGAAGAAGAGUACGAUGAAGAAGUCGCUGAAGAAGAUGAUGGCGGUGAUGAUGCUGAAUAAUCAGGCAACCAAACAACAAAAAUCACCAUCACUACUACACAACAUCAACAAGUAAUAUUAUUUAAAAAGCAAAAUUAAUCAACAGAUGAAAAGUAAAACAAGACAACAAACAACAUUUUUUGAUGAUAAUUUAAAAACCUUAAACAACUUCAAAUCGUACAGAUCAAUUUAUUAAGACAGUAAAUUUCUCUCUUAUCAUCAUUUAUCAACAUCAACUUUAAGAAAAAACAAUCUACAAUUAAAGACAAACCAUUAACAUUAUCAUCACAUCUAUUCAACCACCACCACAAUUACCACCAAUCUUCAACCACCGAUGGAAAUGGUGAUGUUAUAAGGCAACAAUUGAAUUUAUCCGAAUAUAUUACAAUCAUUUCAACAUAAAUGAUAAUAUCCUUUUCUUUUUUUCAAUGUAUUCCUUUACUUUCUUCUGUUGCAUGUAAUCCUCUUCACAAUUGUCUUUAAUGUAUCUUCACAAAGUACUUUUCUUUAUCUCUGUACUUCUCUCUUUCUUUUUUCUUCUCAUUUCCUUUCUUUCUCAUCAUCUCUCUUCCUCUCUCUUUCUCUCUCUCUCUCAUCAUCUGUUUACCUCCUUCAAAACAUUUUUCUUAUCAUGACAUGGUUAUUUAUCCAAUUGGAAAAAAAAUGAGAUUUCAAUUUAAUCGACUUCCUCUUCUACAACAACAACAAAUAAACAUGUCUCCUCAUCGGAUAAA